CCUCACUCCUCAGUCUUCCCCCCAAAAACGCAAUCCGCGCCGCCCGCAGUGUCAUCAACGGCAGGGUGGAGUAAAACCAACGGUAUAAAUCUGUUUAGCCAAUCACCGCCUUUCCCAACGUUAUAUAUAACCAAAAAAAAAAAAUCUGGGACGACUUGCAACUUGCAAGGCUGACUCUCUUUCUCGUCCUCCUCUUCAACUGCAGCGUCAUUUUUGCCAGCACCUCUCUGUUUCGUCCUCGUCAUCCAGUUCUCGCAAUUCUAUUUCUGUGUUUGUAAUAGAAUCUCUACAGAUAUUUAGUUGUUUUAUAAUGUUCGAUUAAUUUCGAAAAAAGAAAAGAAAAAAUGUCUUUGAUUAGAUAAUCUUGUCCAUUUACCUUCACACCUCAAUCGCUCUGCACUAGUCAUCAACUGAAACCCUAGCUUCCUCGAUCCUCGAAACCCUUUUUUGUAUUAAUACCCUCAUUUUUCUUUAAUUUUACAGUACGAUUCCAAUUUUUCCAAUUGGUUUUGGUUAUAUCAAACCCUAGGGUUUCGAAUUUGUAAGCGCUAGGGUUUUGAUUAGUCGCCGGGUCGGAUAUGGAUCUCGAAUUGGUGAAGAAGGGCUUGGAUUUUUCUCAGAGGAGAAAGAAAUGGAUAAUUCUGCUUGCGGCGUUCGGCGUCUCCAGUUACGGUGCUUACAAGGUCUAUCAUUUGCCCUCUGUGGCCAGUAAGAGGAAGAGGUUGAUGAAGCUUUUUCGAGCCCUAAUUUCCGUGGCUGAAAUGGUCUCCGAUUCCGCGGAGACGAUCGGUGUUGUCUCCAAGGACUUGAAGGAGUUUCUCCGAUCCGAUUCGGACCAAAUUCCCAAUAGUCUGAAGCAGAUUUCUAAAAUUGCACGUUCGGAGGAGUUCUCGGGGUCGUUGGUUAGGGUUACGGAGGCUUUGACGGUUGGGAUUUUGCGGGGGUUUAAUUCCGAGACGAGGAUUGAAGAAGGGUCGGAAAAGGGUUCGGGGAAUUCAAGCUUUUCUGAUAGUGUUUUGGAGAAGCUUUUUUCUACGGCUGGGACUGGUUUUGUUUCGGUUGUGGUUGGAAGCUUUGCGAGAAACUUGGUUUUGGGAUUUUACUCCAAUGGUGGAUCCAUGGAUGGUUCAAGCGAGUCUCAAUGCAGUUCGAGUUUAUCGGACGAGCCCAGAUGGCUCAAUGUGGUUUGCAAUGAUAAGAGCAAAGAACUCAUAGCGAAUAGCAUUCAAGUUUUUGUAAGCACGGCAGUUGCAGUGUAUCUGGACAAAACGAUGGAUAUCAAUGUGUAUGAGGACAUGUUUAGUGGAUUAACCAACCCCAAGCAUGAAAGCAAAGUGAGGGACAUUCUGGUCGGUGUUUGUAAUGGUGCUGUGGAAACACUUGUGAGAACAUCUCACCAAGUAUUGACGAGUUGGAAUUCGAGUUCACACUCAAAUUCGAAUUCUUCUUUCUCAUUUGUUGAUGAGAGUGAAGGUCCACGUGUCACCAAGGAUGAGGGUUUUGAGCGAGAAGCCUCUUCGAAGCUGAAAGAGGGGAAUUCAUUUGAUGAAAUUCGGGAUAGUGGGUGGUUUGACAAGGUUUCAUCUACAUUGGCAGUGCCGAGCAAUAGAAAGUUUGUGCUCGAUGUGACCGGAAGGGUGACGUUUGAAACGGUGAGAUCCGUUGUGCAGUUUCUGUUGUGGAAGCUAUUAGAUGGUUUGAAAAGAAGUCUUAAUGUAGUUCGUGGGCAGGCUGUGGACAGAGGAUUGGAAGUUAUCAGCUAUUUCAGUGCAAGGUCUUCUGUUAUUGUUACCAUAUGUCUUGCUUUGUAUCUACAUGUUGUUGGCGGUUCCAGAGUUCUCAUGCCUGCUUAAUUUGACGGGGUACUCCCUCCCUUAUUAAGUAUGCUAAAAGUGCUCCUCCUUACAGAUAGGUUUUGUAUGUAUAUCUUUGUUUCUAUUAGGUGAAAUGCAAAGGUGGUUUCAGCUACUUCAUUUCGAUUGAUAGAUUUAACUUUUGGAAAUCUUUUGUUUCCUCUUAUUUUAGCUCUUUGAGUGACACCCAUACAUGUACGCAUAUAUUGCUUUGAAACUAAAAGGAAACUGGAAUAGUUCUGUGAACAUUGUUUUAUAUUAGAAGCAGAGCCCAAGAAGCUUUAUUUU